GUCCCCUGCGCCACCCCCGCCUCCCCACGUGCGCAGUCCUUCGCGGGGCGCACGCACGGGGCUCCCACAAAAAAAACUGUAACUUCCCCCACUACCCCCUCCUCGUCUUUCUUUCUCGUCCACACCUACUUUUUGCUUACGGAGGGGGGAAAGUUGUGUCGAAAGUGUCCACGGAUUGCCACCUCCCAAUCAUCCUUCCUUUCCUCUCCGCCCCACUUCUUUUUUUUUUUCUCCCUCCUUAAGCGACGACAACAUUGUUGAGUGUUUAUUUUGUUUUACGAUCAAUAGCUCCCUUUGCUUGACUGGGCCGGCUGCUGAGCGGCGGAGUGGCGUGGACCUCAUGUAGAAAUGACAACAAUGGAAGGGGCCAGCGGGUCGAGUUUUGGAAUAGACACGAUCCUGUCCAGUGCCAGUUCGGGCAGCCCCGGCAUGAUGAAUGGAGAUUUCCGCCCGCUCGGCGAGCCCAGGACCGCGGAUUUUAGGAGUCAGGUCACCCCAUCCCCCUGCUCGGAGAUUGACACCGUAGGAACCGCGCCGUCUUCUCCCAUCUCGGUCACCAUGGAGCCCCCCGAGCCGCAUCUGGUGGCAGACGGGCCUCAGCACCACCUCCACCUCCACCACGGCCAGCCGCCGCCCGCCGCGGGCCCCACGCAAAGUUUGCAGCCUUCGCCCCAACUGCAGCCGCCGCCGCCGCAACAGCCGCCCGCCCCGCAGCUGGGCUCAGCCUCCUCGGCCCCCAGGACUUCCACCUCUUCCUUUUUAAUUAAGGACAUCUUGGGCGACAGCAAACCUCUGGCGGCGUGCGCGCCCUACAGCACCAGCGUCUCCUCUCCCCACCACACCCCGAAGCAGGAGAGCAACGUGGCGCACGAGAGCUUCAGGCCAAAGCUGGAGCAGGAGGACAGCAAGACCAAACUCGACAAGCGGGAAGAUUCCCAGGGCGACAUCAAAUGCCAUGGAACAAAGGAAGAAGGAGACCGGGAGAUUACUAGUAGCCGAGAAAGUCCCCCUGUGAGAGCCAAAAAGCCUCGAAAAGCCAGGACAGCUUUCUCUGACCACCAACUCAAUCAACUGGAACGUAGCUUUGAGAGGCAGAAGUACCUGAGUGUGCAGGACCGCAUGGACCUAGCGGCUGCGCUCAACCUCACUGACACACAGGUCAAGACUUGGUACCAGAACCGCAGGACCAAGUGGAAGCGGCAGACUGCAGUGGGCCUGGAGUUGCUGGCCGAGGCUGGGAACUACUCAGCACUGCAGAGGAUGUUCCCAUCACCAUAUUUCUAUCACCCAAGCCUGCUGGGCAGUAUGGACAGCACCACUGCGGCCGCUGCAGCUGCUGCCAUGUACAGCAGCAUGUAUCGGACUCCUCCUGCCCCCCAUCCUCAGCUGCAGCGGCCCCUUGUGCCUCGAGUGCUCAUCCACGGUUUGGGGCCUGGGGGACAACCAACUCUCAACCCCUUGUCCAACCCCAUCCCUGGUACCCCACACCCUCGGUGAAGGUGAAGAAUAGGGCAUUAGGCUCAAGUCCCUUUCCCACCCCCCUCCCUGACCCAGAUGACUGCCCUUCCUCUCCCCAGACGGGGUGGUUGCAUUGGACCAGGGGAGGCAGAGGAGUGAGAGAGGAAGGUGCUCAUCAAUGGGUAGGGGACCUCCUCCCCAAAGAGGAGCCAGCUCUCUGCUCUCCAUCCCUCCACCCUUGAGGCAGGGAUGGAAAGCUCCCCCACAGCAGUGUGAUUGGUGAAAAUGCUGACCCCACACAAAGUGCGACCAGUAAGUGAAAACAACAAAAACACAAACCUCAAGUUCUUUUAAAAUGUGACUUUAGGGACAAGCAAGAGGGAGGGAGGGGGGAAGGGUAAGGAGGGAAGAUAGAAGGGCAUGGAGAGGAAACCACACAGGCAGAGAGAAUUGUGGAUGGACAAACAGCCUCAAAUUCAAAUUCAGAGGCAGAGGGCAUUGUCGUGGACAUUCCGUCUCCCCCAGAGAAAAGAGGAGGGUAACGAACUUUGCACUGAUUUCUCAUGAGCUUUUUUCUUUUGGAAAAGUGGCAUGCUCCAUAAUAUGAAAAAAAUGUACAUUUGAAAAGACUGAGUGAUAAGUGAUAUAUCAUAUUUAUUAUAUGUUGUCCAAAAGAGUCACUUAUAUGCGUUAGUAAAACAUGAUUUUUCUUUCUAUGUCUUUUUGAUUGAGUAAAAUAAAUGCUUAGACAAAAUAUAGAUUUUUUGUGAUUGAAAAUUACAAGAAAUAAAGUUUAUCUUUUUUUAACAA